AUGGAGAUGAAACGCGUCGCAAAGACUAUGAGCUCGAAGCUUAUAUUGCUUUCUGCACUCUGGGCAUUUUGGUCAUUCUUUUACUCUGGUACUUGGAGCACCUAUCUGGGAACCUACUUCACAGUCCGUGCUCGCGCUCUCUCUUCUCUCAUUUCGCCUUUCUUCUGCAUUGUUGGUUGUUUUGGCCUGGGACUCAUCCUGGACAUGAAAGGUCUUAGCCAGCGUCGACGCGCGCAAAUCGGACUAUAUACCGUCGUUAUUUUGAAUGUCGCUGUCUAUAUAUGGUCCAUCAUCAUGCAGUCCAAGUUCAAUCGCGCCGAUCCAGGAGCCAUCGACUGGGACGACUCAUUAUACGCGUCAUCAUUCCUACCAUACUUCUUCGUGCAGACUACAGGCCCACUAUCUCAGUCCUACAUGUACUGGCUGUUGUCGUCAUUCGCAACCGAUGCUCAGGAAAAUGUCCGUAACGGUGCGGCUUUCAGAUGCAUUGAAGCUGUUGGCCAAGCUGUUGCUUAUGGAAUGAACACACAAACCACGAAUGAUCCGAUGGUUGGAUUCUGUGUGACGUUCGCCCUGCUCGGAGCCGCAUUGUGUCCUAUGAUCAUGCUGGUGAACACCACGCCAGACCGUAUACCGGCAGAUAUAGUUGCAGAAGAGCAAGACGCUGCCCGCCAGAAGAUCGAGGGAGUAUGA